AUGCUGUUUCUUCAUGAAAAGCGUCUUUGGACAGGGGUUUAUUUCAUGGGAUACUUCCUCGGUCUGCUCAUUAGACCAAUCAUCAAGGAAAGAAACCAAGGGGUGGAGUCUGAGCAACUGGAAAGUGUCGGACGAGCGACUAAAGUUGGCACUGGGCGACCCUCGAAGUCCCAGUUCAAGCUCUGGCAAGCCCCAGAGGCGGAGUGA